AUGUUACAGGUCCCAGCUGAGCAAGAAGAUCAUGAGUCAUCAAGGCAUGCUACUCUGCCUCUGGACCCCAUGAGACCCUCCAACCUCUCAGCCAGCCCAAAGCCAGGAGACAGAGCUGGAGGCAGAGACAGACUGUUGGCCCGUGUAGGGGCUCAGGAUGGAGGUGAAGCUUUUCGUGGAGCUGGAACUGAAGCUUGGCCUGAGGGCAAAGUGUUUGCUGAGGCCAGGUCAGCAGUCUGGGCUGAAACUGAAGCUGGAGUUAAUGCGGGAAAUCGGGGCAAAGUCUUUGCCGAGACUGGGAUUAUGACUGAAACAGGGACCUGGUCUAAAGUGGCAGCUGAAUGGAGGUCAGUGGAUACGGAGGGGAUUGGUCUGUCUGCCAUGCCCAGAGGCCCAGCAGCGUGGCUGGAGCGACGGGGCCCUCAGGGCCCAGGACAGGCCCAAAGAGAGCAGGCUGCCUUCACUUCAGUUCUGACUAUGCUGUCAGAGACAGCAGAACUACAGUCACCAGCAGUGAGAAAGCCAUUAGGACUGCUAUCAAAAGCCGCCUGGACCAAAACUACUUCUUCCUCAUCAUCAUCAUCGUCAUCACCCAAGACCUCCUCCUCUGCCUCCUCAUCAAAAGCCUCCCCUUCUACUUCCUCAUCUUCACCCACUAUUACCAGAGACAGUGGGAUGGCAGGAUCAGACACAGUCUCUCUGGCUGUCAACAACACAUCCAGCACCAACACCAGCUUGAGCUCAGAAGAGUCAUUGGCCAGUCUGCCAGCGUGGGACCUCCCAACUGUCCCAGAAUCUCUUCUGUCUACGCUGGGUGACCACGAUGUUAUGCUCCCUGACAACGUCACUAGCCCUUUUUCCACCCACAAAUGGAACACCACCAUGUCCACGCACACCAGAAACACCUUGCAACGCACCGCUACGUCAACAACCGCCAACCACGCACCGUUGUCUCCCAGCGUAACCUCGACAUACAUGCCAUCACUGUCCACCACAGUGACAGCACAAACAAUACCUGGAUCGACCACAGCGUCACACACGCCAGCCACCAGCCAGGACACUGUGACCAAUGGCAGCCUUCAGCUGACGACCGUCACCACAACAACUCCCUCAACGACCACUGAAACUGUGACCGCCUCUCAGAUGAAGACACAGGCAGCGACUACUGGAGGCGUUGCAACAAUGCUACCGACCAGUGCUAUUGCUGCAGCUACUACUGCUACCAAAACCACACAAGUUACUAGCCUCAGACCAACCACAGUGGCUGUGACUCAGUCUACGACCGCCACUACAUCCACCACAGCAGCUACUCCUGUUACUACUACUACCACUACGCCAACAACUACUGCCAAUACAACUCCCCCUACCACUACAACUACGAGACCUACAACUACCACUGCGACCACAACUACCUCCACUACAGGGGUCCCCACCACCACUUGGACUGCUCCAGUCCAAACCACGAUGCCUCCGACCACCACAACAGAACCUCCAUCCAGUACCAGUGCAGAGGACAGUUCUCUGCCUUGCAACGUCACUGAGAAGUACUGGGUGAAAACAGUUCUGUCCAUCCAGUUGCGUAGGAACCGUUUGGACCUGAUCUUGAAACAGAAUCUGUCCAAAGGAUUGAGUCAUGCCCUGCAGAGAGCCCUCAAUGACAGCAGUGCAAACGUACAGGUGGAGCGAGACGAAUGCAGUCCCCAUAACGUGACACUGGGCUACUUUGUGGCGAGUGGACAAAACGUUUACAUCUCCUCAAUGGUGGUGGACGCGCUGAAUGUCUAUGGCUUUGACAAGCUGCUGUCGGACAUCAGACAGCACACCCCGCUGGUGAAGGCUGUCCUGGUGCCAGUGGCUGCCUGGCUGGCUGCCCCCAGUGUGCACCUGCAGCUCAGAACAGUGUUGCGGUUCGUUGGUCCGACAGACAACAUCUACUCCUGCAGUUUUGUCCAGAUGUUGGAGCAGAGGCUGGAGAACGCGUUUGAUGAAGCUCAGGACAAAGUGCUGGAGACCUACAGUAAACUAACUGUGGAGAUCCAGAGUGUGUCCCAGGAGCCUGGUUCUCCAUCGGUUGCUGUGGUCUACAUGGUACGGAACCAGGAUGCCGUUCUUAAUGGAACUGUCUCCAGUGGCCUCCUCAGCCAGCUGACUGCCGAGCUGGUGGGAUACUUCCUGUACUACCCGCCCCUGCUCAUCGCCGAGCCCCUAGAGUAUCACAAUCUCAACACAUCAAUGGCAACCAAGAACUUUUGGGUGAUCACAGUGAUCCAAGAUGUGGAUAGUGCCUCUCUGGACACCAACUAUCAGAGCUUUGCCAGCCUGAUGGAGCAGCGGCUGGCCGAGCUCUUUCUGGUGGCUGGGAGGCAGGGCUCUCGCACCACACGCUCUCGGAGGGCCACCACUGUGGGGGUCUACACUGUGCAGAUGGUGAGCAUACGUCGGCUGCCCGGCCCCAAGAACCCUGCAGAGAUGACCUACUAUGCCCAGCUGAAUGGAGCACCCAUCACAGGCACCACGGCUGCCAAGACCCUCAGCACACUGGACUCACAGACCAUGGCACUGACACUGGGCUAUUUCGUACAAGUACAGGCCGAACCGGUGAUAAAGACGCUGCCAAGCAAUCUGUGGAUCAUGGCAGUGCUAACCCCUGUCUUCUUACUGAUGGUGGUGAUUGGCAUGGUGGCCUUCAUUCUAUGUAAGAGAAACAGGGUCAUCUUCAAGACAAGCGCCUUCAAGACCUUCAAAACUCGUUCUAAGACAUCAUAUCGAAGGGAGGGCAGUUACCACCACCAGCCUGUCCAGGGCUUUGACUACGCCAAGCAGCACAUGGGCCGGACAGGGGACGAGGCCAUCUCGGUCACCAAGGAGACGCUGGUGCUGGGCCUGCCGGUGCGAGACGCUCCUCUGUCGCUGGACAGGAAAACCCACCAGGACGGAACAGCCAGCAAGAGGCCUCCAUCAACUGAUAUACUCAAAGGCGGGCGGUUGCCAAGCGAAGAGGACGGUUCGAUGUCGAGCAAUGGCUCGGGGAAACUGAACACCAGCAAGUCCUCCUCAGCGCGGAGGACCACAGCGAGCACCAGCAGCAAGAACGGCAAGGAGGAGCUACAUAAGAGGAACAACAACGACCCCUAUGAGGACCAUUCAGGCUCUCUACGACUGAUCACCAUCAAGCCAAUGACGGCCCAGCCCACCUACUCCUAUCCCUCCCCCUCCUCCCACAGCCAGGACUCUGUGGUCCUCAAUGGAGAUGUGAACCAUGGUGGACUGAAGCAGAAGUCAGACAUUGAACACUACAGGAACAAGCUGCGUCAGAAGGCCAGGAGGAAGGGUUACGGAGAAUUCUCUCUGUCCGAGAGCGGGAGCCAUGGGUACAGUCACCGGGACAGACACAGUCGACAUGACAGUGGGGUCAAGGAGCCAAUGACAGCUGAGGAGAAAAGGGCAUCCUUUGCAGGGUGUCAUAAAAGAUACUCCCAUCCUAGGGAGCCCACUUACUGGAGCCGUCAGUCUCUGAGCAGCCCAAGCCCGGUGGAGACAGAGAUGGAUCUGCUGGUGUUGAGAGAGAGAUCCCGAAGAGGCAUCCGCAACAAUGGCUAUGAUGGUGAACCAGAACCUUUCGAGGAGACUAACGUGGACCGUCUCAUGAGCUCGCUGGGCUACGGCGGUGGGUCUACUGGAACCGGGAACAGCAGCCUGGGGGUCAAAGCUCACCGUGGCUCCGAUUCCUCCACACUCAGCUCGCAGCCGUCUAUCGAUGAGGUCCGCUCGCAGAUGCACAUGUUACUAGGCAACGCCUUCAGCCUAGCACCCCCGGACCAUGCCCCCCCCUCCCCUCCAACCAACUCCCGCCACCACCAUCAUCACCAUGCCCACAGCGCUUACAACCCGUCCCACACCAGCCACUACAGCGAGGGGGUGACCAGCGCCCCAGGGACCAUGAACCACCCCUGUGUGGGCAGGCAGAGGAGCGCCGCCGGAUAUGAGGACAUGCACCAGUGUAGCCUGCCCAAGCCGGGUUUCAGGUUCACCCAACUUCCUGACAUGGGCAUUGGGCCUCCUCCACCUCUGAUCCCCUCACGACCAGCACCACCUACUGUAACCUCACUACGACGCUCUACCCCAGAUGUGAGUCUGAAGCCUCGUGUGUCAGAGGCUUUGGACCUGCAGGGCCAGCAGCACAAUGGCGUCCCCUAUCUGCCACUGUCCAGAGCUCCUUUCCCUGCUGUCACUGUAGACCAGUCCAUUACCACCUACUCAGGAAACCCAAUGACAGCAGUCUAUGCCAUAUCAGCCAAUCGUCCAGGUUAUUCAGACUACUUUGUCAUGUCCCCGCCCUCCUCGUAUCGCAGUCCAUCUUGGAUGUCCUAUCCGCCUGAGCCUGAGGACCUCCCACGGCAGUGGAAUGACACACCGAACUCACGCCAUCUUGAAACCAUCUGCUGA